AUGGUGGACUAUAACCUCAACACUGAGGCUGGCUAUGCCCAAAGGGCAGCACUCAAGCUACCUACUGAGAUUGAAAUAUGGGAGAACGGUGUAGCAAAGCCAAGUGUGCGAGUAGCAGAGGGCGGCAGCUGCAUGGCGGCGACCAGCACCCGCCCCCGCACCGGGGACGGACGGCAGCCCUGCGGGAGGCUCCAGAAACGGAGCGCGCGCACGACAAAGUGCGGGAGGCUGGACGCCCUCAACGCUGACACUAGCCCCCGCAGUCGGAACGCCCCAGCCGCAAAACAAGGCCGGGAAGUGUCCGAGCUGAGGCGAAGCCCCGCCUCUCACUCCCCCACCCAAUCCCAAGGGAAGUGCGAACCAGGCCUGGCCGCCAUAUUCUCCUUCCUGGUUGUGCUGCGCGGCCCGUCCCGGUUUCUGCAGCCGUUCUUUGGCUGUGAGCUGUCCCCCGCGGGAGGACGUCCGGCUCCUCGGCCGCUGCAAAGCCGUGAGCGUAGCCCUGGAGCCCACUUCAUGUUCCCAAGGCCAGAGAAGAUGACCACACCUUCAGUAUUGGUGUCAUUUGAAGAUGUGGUUGUGGAGUUCACCCAGGAGGAAUGGCAGGACAUGGACAAUGCUCAGAGGACCCUGUACAGGGAUGUCAUGCUUGAGACCUUCAGCAGUCUGCUAUCCUUGGGUUACUGUAUCACCAAGCCUGAUGUGAUCUUCAAAUUGGAGCAAGGGGCAGUGCCAUGGACAGCGACAAAACCCCUAAGCCAGAGAGUUUCAGAUGCCCUAGGAAAAGAUAAACUGUUUGGAGUCGAUCAGAAAAGUCAAGAACUGAACUUCAGGCAAUCUGAUGGGAUGUCACUUACAGAGGACCAUGAUGAUCUUCCUAUACCGGGGAACAUACUGCAAUGCAGGGAAGAUGCCAGUCAGCAUGACAAGAUUCACGCUGUGCUGCAGCCUGCUGAGCACAGUGUGGAAGAGAAAACCUUCAGCAGCAAAAGGAUAUUUUUUGCACGUGAAGACUUUUAUAUCAGAGAUACCUAUAAGAAAUCAAUUGAUAUUGGGAAAACAAUUCAUGUUAAAAAGGAAGCUUUCCAGAAAAAUCCCUACUUCAGCGAGUGUCAACAAACACACUCCGGAGAGAAACUUCAUGAACAUUUCAGGUGUGAGAAAUCUCUCAUUUACAAAUCAGAUCUUAAAAGAAGUAAGGUAAUGUGCACAGCAAAAAGUCACUAUACAUGUGGACACUGUGGAAAAUCGUUCAGUCGUAAAUCUUGCCUCACCAUCCAGCACAGAACUGACAUAGGGGAAAAGCUCUUUGUGUGCAAUGAAUGUAGAAAAACCGUUUACCAGAAGCCAGACUUGACUAGACAUCAGAAAAAUCACACUGGAAGGAAACCAUAUGAAUGCAAUGAGCACGGAAAAUCCCUGUGUAACAAAUCAAUCCUCAAUACGUAUCAGAGAACUCAUAACGGGACAAAACCUUAUGAAUGUGGAGGGUGUGGAAAAGUCUUUGGCCAGAGAUCAGCUCUCAUUAGACAUCAGAGAAUUCGUACAGGGGAGAAACGUUAUGAAUGUAAAGAGUGUGGAAAAGCUUUUUUCCAGAAAUCAGACCUUGUUACACAUCAGAGGGUUCACACAGGGGAGAAACCUUAUGAAUGUGGUGAGUGUGGAAAAGCCUUUUGCCAGAGGUCAGCUCUCAUUACACACCAGAGAAUUCACACAGGGGAGAAACCUUAUGAAUGUAGUGUAUGUGGAAAAGCGUUUUGCUGGAGGUCAGCUCUCAUUCGACAUCAGAGAAUUCACACAGGGGAGAAACAUUAUGAGUGUCAAGAGUGUGCAAAAGCCUUUUGCUGGAGGUCAGCUCUCAUCAGACAUCAGAGAGUUCACAUAGGGGAGAGACUUUACGAAUGUCAGGAGUGUGGAAAAGCGUUUUUCCAAAAAUCAGACCUCAUAAAGCACCAGAGAGUUCACACAGGGGAGAAACCUUAUGAAUGUCCUGAGUGCAGCAAAGCCUUUUGUCGCAGGUCAGCUCUCAUCACACAUCAGAGAAUUCACAAAGGGGAGAAACCGUACGUAUGUAAAGAGUGUGGAAAAGCCUUUUUCCAGAAAUCAGACCUUGUUACACAUCAAAGAGUCCACACAGGGGAGAAGCCAUUUGAAUGUAGUGAGUGUGGAAAAGCGUUUUCUAGGAGAUCAGCUGUCAUUACACACCAGAAAACUCACACUGGGGAGAAACCGUAUGCAUGCAGUGAGUGCAGGAAAGCCUUCUCACAGAAAUCAGACCUCACUAAGCAUCAGAGACUUCACACAGGGGAGAAACCUUAUGAAUGUAAUGAGUGUGCAAAAGCUUUUUGCCAGAGAUCUGCUCUCAUUACACAUCAGAGCAUUCACAUGGGGGAGAAACCUCAUGCGUGUAGUCAGUGCAGAAAAGCAUUUUGCCAGAGGUCAGCACUCAUUAGACAUCAGAGGAUUCACACAGGGGUGAAAUCUUACGAGUGUAAAGAGUGUGCAAAAGCCUUUUACUGGAAGUCAAGUCUCACUAGACAUCAGAGAAUUCACACUGGAAGGAAGCCUUAUGUAUGUAAAGAAUGUAGAAAAGAUUUUUGCCAGAAGUCAGCUCUCAUUAUACAUCAGAAGAUUCAUACAGGGGAGAAAUUUUGUGAAUAUAAGGAGUGUGAAAAAGUCUUUUCCCUGAAGUCAGCUCUCAUUACACAUGAGAGAAUUCACACGGGAGAAACAACUUAUGAAUAUAAUGAACAUGGAAACACAUUUUUGUGGAAUACAAGUUUUAAUAAAUAUGAAAAAAAUUUACACAUAGAGGCAUUUUGAAUGCCAGAUAUGGAAGAGACUCCUUCAGAGAAACAAUUGAACUGCAAAGAAUUCACAAAAAGAAAAAAAAACUGCAUGCAUUGAUUUUGAAAAAUCCUUUUCCCGAAAUCAGUCUUUAGCACAGUUGAAAGAACUCGGAAGUACAAAAUCCAGUAAAUAU